AAGGGGGGGUGGUAUGAUUAGGGUUUUGGAUCGGCGCGGGUGACGAGUGGCGGAAGAGACAUGGGCGUGUACACCUUCGUGUGCCGUAGCUCCGGCGGCGAUUGGAGCGCGAAGCAGCUCUCUGGUGACCUUGAGGCUUCAGCCUCUUCGACCUACGGCCUCCAGCGAGAGCUCGUGCAGGCGGUACUCGCGGUCGACUCCUCGGGUGGCGUCCAGUCCUCCUUCUCCAUGGUCUCUCCCUCAUCGGCCGUCUUCCAGGUUAUAAUUGGUGGAGGUGGCGGGGCAUUUAUCGGAGGUGGAGCCCCUUCAGGUGGUGCAUCAGCUGGGUCUGGUGGCGGUGCUCCCGCUGCCGAGGCACCUCUUGAAGAGGAGAAAAAGGAAGAAAAAGAGGAGAGCGAUGACGACAUGGGCUUCUCGCUCUUUGAUUAGUUUGGCCAUCCAGGGAGCAUAUCAUGACUUAGCGAUUGGUUUUCUACGCCGUGUUAUUCACUCAUUAUUAUUACGUUAGCACAAUUUCUUGAUUGCUAAGAAGAAAGUUUAUUGAGCAUGAAGUAAUUCAAAUUUUACCAUAUAAUUGGUUUGCUUA